UUUGUUGAUGUUUAAUUUUAGUGCGGCUGCGCAUUACUCAAUGCUUUGGCCGUUGCUGUUGAGACGACUUGGCAGGGCAAAGGAGCGUGCGUAACCCCGACUUUUGUUGGUGGAUGUGCCAUUGCUAAUCGUUUUUUAGACCAUAUACGCGUCUUUUAUUUGUGUUAAGGGGUCGCCAGUAAAAUUGAUUGUCGCCGGCUAAUGCUAAGCCGUAUGUGAUCGUCCUUUCCUAACCGCCGGACACUGCCAGUGAGGGCCAAGGAACAGAAUAGCAUAUCGCCAUUAUAUGAUCCAGUGUCCAGAGUCACUUUUACUCUCCAUGUGGGUGAGGGAACUGUGUGUAUCAGAUUAUGGCGAGAAAAACAGUUAGCAGGAAAAGGAAGGCAGGAGAGCCCAAGGACCAACAACAGCUGGGCUGGUGUCAGGCACCACACAAACGCAGCCGCGUUUCUUGUUCAUCAAGACAUUCGCAGCAGUGGUCCAGCCGUCAGUCUGUGGUGUGUGCCCUUCGGGAGCGGGAGUUCCGACCUCAGCAGCAGCAUGACUUGAGGCUCCAGCAGAACCUGCGUGGUUUUGCAGCGAGCAGACUGCCUGGGAUUCUCAAGGAGAGUGAGUUUUCUUUGGGGCGACUCAACAAGGUUUUUGCUUCUCAGUGGCUGAACUAUCGACAAGUGGUUUGUGGGACCAAAUGCAACACGCUUUUUGUCGUCGAUGUCUUGACCGGGCACAUAACACGCAUUCCUAUGUUGAGGGACAGAGAAAAUUGUGAUGGAGGCUCUGGAGUGGUUGGUGCAUUUGUGCCGGCGCGGCAUUACCACUCAAUUGGAACCUCUCGGUCACGGGCGGAUCAGCAGGGCUGUGGGAUCCAUGCAAUCGAGCUCAACCCGUCGAGAACGCUCCUUGCCACCGGUGGAGACAACCCUAACAGCCUGGCCAUCUACCAGCUGCCCACUCUGGACCCUGUUUGCGUUGGAGAUGAUGGUCACAAUGACUGGAUUUUUUCUAUAGCAUGGAUCAGUGACAACAUGGCCGUUUCUGGGUCUAGAGAUGGCUCCAUGGGUCUUUGGGAAGUGACCGAGGAAGUGAUGAAUCAGGCCGAACGGAGUCAGUGUGAAGAGAAUAUACCUUCCUACGCCCACAUCUCUCACCGGGCUCUCAAGGACAUUCCCAAAGAGUACACCAACCCAUACAACUGUAAAGUCCGUGCUCUCGCCUUCAACGACAGCCAUAAAGAACUGGGUGCUGUGUCUUUGGAUGGCUAUUUCCACCUCUGGAAAGCUGAGCAUAACUUGUUCAAGAUUCUGUCCACCAAGCUGCCUCACUCCAAAGAGAAUGUGUGUUUAGCGUACGGUCAGGACUGGUCGGUUUACGCCGUGGGUUCUCAGGCCCAUGUUUCCUUCUUGGAUCCACGCCAGCCAACACACAGCAUCAAGUCUGUUAGUUCCCGAGAGAGAGGAAGUGGGAUCCGUUCAGUGAGUUUCUAUGAGCACAUUGUGACAGUGGGUACCGGCCAGGGUUCCCUUCUCUUCUAUGAUAUUCGGGCUCAAAGAUUUCUGGAGAACCCGUUUAGUUCUGCCAGCGUGUGUCGGAAAUGUCCCACUGAUGGGAUCCUCAAGCUAUCAACAGGAAAAGGCUGGCUGAAUCAUGAUGAAACUUGGAGGAGUUACUUCUCAGAUAUUCAUUCCUUUCCCAACGCCGUGUACACCCACUGCUAUGACGACUCCGGCACAAAGCUCUUUGUGGCCGGCGGCCCGCUCUGUUCAGGCCUUCACGGAAACUACGCAGGCCUGUGGAGCUAGCUUACUUCUGUCCUCCCUUCAAUCCGUCACAGAGUUCUCAUUCGGAUCUCUCCAUCCCACGGCCUCCCUCAUCUUCAUCACUGUCUACAAACCUCCUCCUCCUGCUCAGGAGAGCGUUAGCCCACACAUGGACUCAGGAACACGACCUUUCCUACUUUCAGUUUGAUUGUCGUCUGUGUUUGUGUCUCCAUUUACACUAGAUUCUUUUCCAUAGCUGUCCUAACGCACUUUCCCGAUUUUUAAUUAAUUUAUACAAAUGUACAAACAGUUACCUAAUUAAUUAAAGAGCUGCUAAGUUUGCCACUGCGAAACUCAGAUGGGUUUUGAAAAACAUUAAGAAUAAAGGUAUACUAUUUUACCGUCAUGUA